AUGGAGGAGGAGAACGCAAAACUGAGAGCAGAGGUUAAGGAGCUCAGAGCGCGACUCCGGGCGCUCGAAAAGCCUGCGAUCAGCAACGGCGCCGGGGCGGCCAGCGAUGUCCGCGACGCUGCCCCCGCCUCUGCUGCGGCCAGCGUAAACGGCGGCGGCGGCAGCUGCCCCGCCGCCGCCCCUGACUUUUUAUCUCCCCACGGCCUCUCCAAGUCCCAGGCCGAGCGCUACAGCCGCCAGCUCGUCCUGCCCGCCUUCGGCGCCGCCGCGCAGGCGCGCCUCUGCGCGUCCUCCGCCCUGAUCGUCGGCUGCGGCGGCCUCGGCGCGCCCGCCGCGCUGUACCUCGCCGCGGCGGGCGUCGGGUGCCUCGGGCUCGUGGAUCGCGACGCGGUCGAGAUCUCAAACCUCCAUCGCCAGAUCAUCCACUCCGAGGACCGCGCGGGCGUACACAAGGCCACGUCGGCCGCCGCCGCCGUGGCCGCCCUCAACUCGGGCGUGCGGGUCGAGCCAUUUCUAAACGGCCUGCGGCCGGGCAACGCGGCGGAGAUGGUGAUGUCAUAUGACGUCAUCAUCGAUGCCAGCGACAACGCGCCGACGAGAUAUCUGCUUAACGACGCCUGUGUGGCCGCGGGGCGGCCGCUUGUGUCGGCGGCGGCGGUGGGGACGGAUGGGCAGCUGACCGUGUACUGCCACGGGGAGGACGGCCCCUGCUACAGGUGCCUGUUCCCCGAGCCGCCCGCCCCGGGCAACUGUGCGCGCUGCGCCGAUGCCGGCGUGCUGGGCCCCGUGCCGGGGGUGAUGGGCGUACUGCAGGCGCUAGAGGCGAUCAAGCUGCUGACGGGGAUUGGGAAGCCGCUCACAAGGCAGCUGCUGCUCUUCGACGCCCUGUCGGGCCGCUUCACCACCGUGAAGCUGCGCGCGCGGUCGCCAGGCUGCGCGGCCUGCGGCGGCGCGGCGGCCGGCAGCGCGGGGCAGCAAAACGGCGCGGCGGAGCCUGACGGCGCAGGCGCGGGGGACGGGGGCGAAGGCGGCGGCCGCGGCCGCGGCCGCAUGCGGCCGGCGGACGUGGCUGCGUUUGACUACACAGCGUUCACGGGUCAGAGCCCCGAUGACGGCCCGCCGCCGCCGCUGCGCGUGCUGCCGCCGGAGCAACGUCUGGCAGCGGCCGAGCUGAAGCUGCGGCUAGAGGCGCGCGGCGCCAACGCCAGUAGCAGCGGCGGCGGCGGCGGCGGCAGCGGCGAUGGGGCGUGGGUGUUGGUGGACGUGCGGCCAAAGGAGCAAUUUGAUGUGAUGUCACUGCCGGGGGCCGUCAACAUGCCGUUUGUGACGCCAGAGAGCUUCAUAGACCGCCACCUGCCCCAGCUGCUGCGCCUGGCGCACGGCGGCGGCGCCGCCGCGCCGCACCAGGGCGGCGGCGCUGCUGCGUCGGCGGCCGCGCCGGCGGCGGCGGCGGCGCCGCCGCGUCCGGUGUACGUGAUGUGUCGCCGGGGCAACCACUCUCAGCUGGCGGUGCGGGCGCUGCGGGAGGCCGGGCUGGCUGAGUGCUACGAUCUGGUGGGGGGCAUCCAGGCGUGGGCCCAGGAAGUGGACCCGGCGCUGCCCAUUUUGUAG